ACUCGACCAACAUCAAAACCGCCUUCGCCUCUCUCUCUCGCUCGGUCGCUCGCUCGCUCGCCGCCGCUUCGCGCUUGCUGGCCGACUGCGCACCAAACCAUUCAAGUGUGUGAUUGCAAGGCUCCAGAGAAAAGGCGAUGCCGUCGAUUCAGACUGCACUGCCUCCCGAGCUUGCUGACAACGUGAUCAGGUUGUAUCGAGAAUGCCUGCGGAGGGCGAAAUAUAUUGGCCAUCAGCAACACAACACUAAGCUUGUUGUUGGAAUGGUGAGGCAGCAAUUUAGGAAACACAUGCACGAAACUGAUCCUGAAAAAAUACAGAAGCUGAAGGAUGACGCUGCUAGGGGCCUCAUCAAUCACAUGCUCUAUGAGGCAGAAAAGAUGACAGGUCAUAAGUUCGCUGGUUCCAAAUGAUUUCCCUGAUAAUAUAUGUAAUAAAUCAGUGACCAAUUUUGAACUAGCUGCGCUGUCUUAUUGGCCUCAUGCUGUCUUGUUCAAUUAGUUUGCUGUAAAAGCACGUUUGGUGCUUAGUCCUUGUAUCUCUGAUUUUUGGGAGGGUUAUUUUUUCAAAUAGUGUUGGUGCCACUGGAAAUUUGAAGUAAUUCCUGUGACCCUAUGUUUUUGAUCCCCCAUACAUCAGAUAUACCUUUAAGAACAUCUUAAUCUUUUUCUUUGAAUCAA